CGCUGCGAGCGAUACUUUCCUCACAGCAGAGCACUAUACCAAUACAGAAGAGACUCACCGAACCAUUACUUCUGCGAAUACUGCAAUGUCGACCUGUUUUCUUACGCGGCUUUAUGCCACCACAAUGGUCUGAAACAUGCUCCUUGCACCUCUUAUGAUAUAGUGUUCGCCGAUACGGACGCUCUUCUUGGACAUGCGGUCGAGGAGCAUUUUGUAUGCUGGUCAUGCAGAAAGAUAUUUACCACGUUCAACGGAUACGUGAAUCACAACGAAUCCGAACGCCAUUAUUGUCGCGAAUGCAAUAGACCCUUUCAGUCCAAGAAUAAUCUUGAACAACACCGCGCUUCGUCACUUCAUACCCUAAGAUCGAUAAUGUGCCCGGGAAGGUUGUACGUCAGGAAGUUUGCGAGCGCGUCCGCAUUGAUUCUCCAUGCGGAGUGCGGCACCUGCCCGUCCGGCACCACGUGCAAAGAAAUUAAUGCAUUCAUAGAAUCAUACAUGUUACGAUAG